AAUUACACAACACUGACAAUUCAUUCACAACAUUGAAAGUGUUUGCUCGUUACAAUUUAUUGUAAAUCUUCCAUAGAAUACCACAAUCACAAUGUCCAAAGCCGCCGGACGAUUAAAAACAAUGAAGAAAACCUUCGACAAAAUCAAUCACACAAGCAAGUUACGCACAAACAUCCCCGCCGGUAUGGCGGUUGCCGGUCCCCCGCUAGGACCUAUGUUGGGACAACGUGGUAUCAACAUAGCAGCAUUCUGCAAAGACUUCAACGAAAGAACGAAAGAUAUGAAAGAAGGCAUUCCUUUGCCAUGCCGCGUGGCUGUAACGUCCGACCGGGCGUACGAGCUUACUAUUCACUCCCCUCCCGCUACAUUCUUGCUAAAACAAGCUGCCGGAAUACAGCGUGGCGCAAUGAACCCCGGUAAAGAGGUUGCAGGAAAAAUCACACGAAAGCAUUUAUACGAAAUUGCUCAAAUUAAGCUGCAAGAUCCACCAAAUGCACUGCUUUCAUUAGAACAUAUGUGUAAAGCGUUGGUUGGUGUGGCCCGUACCUGUGGAAUCGAAAUAGUGAAUGAACUAGAUCCCGUAGAUUAUCAGCAGUUUUUGGAAACGCGAAGACAGAUUGUCGAGGAGCAGCGUAAAGAAUUGCAAGAGAAACGUGAAGCUCGUAUGUUACGUGUUGGUUAGAAUAGCCAUUUAUUGAACCCAAUUGCAAAAUAUAAAACAAAGGCACUACGUAGAGAAAUCCAACUUUUUCCUAUC